AUGGAUCUCGCCAAAAACCUCCUCCGCAUAACCGCCCGCGCAUUCUACACAACCGAAGACGUCCUCAUCGUCGACGCCCUCGGCAUCCACAGCACCCUCACAGACGCCGACCUCGCCCACUGUCUAGGCACCAACAGAAAAGAACUACGCAAGCAAUGCGGCAAGCUCAAAGACGCAGGUCUCAUCUCUGUCCAAACCCGCGCUGAGAAAAAAGAAGAUGCUCCUCCCCCAUCUACAAAUCCAAAUUUCAAAAACAGAGAGCAUGUCAAGCAUGUAGAUUGGUAUUGGUUGCAUUUCCACCCGGCGAUUGAUGCCAUCAAGUAUCGCUUGAGUAAGCUGUCAAAGCACAUCGAUAGUAUGGGCGCGCCUACCACUGAGAAAAAGGACCUGGAAUGCCCGCGGUGCAAGAGCCAGUAUACAGACCUCGAAGUCAUGGACAACAUCGAUCCGCUUUCUGGAAGCUUCCUCUGCCAUCUCUGCGAACACCCUCUGGAUCCCGUAAACGAAGACCUGCAAGAAAACGAGAGCAAAAUGCGCCUCAACACCCAAGUCGCCGCCAUCGAAGCCCUGCUCCGCGAAAUCGAUCAGGCGAAUGUACCGGAGAAUGACUUUGACACGGCGUUGUCAUUGCACUUGCCUAUCAACAGGGGUGACGCACACCCAGAUCGUCCAACAAGAAUAGCAGAGGAAGUCAAGCCGUCAAUCGCAGGCUCCAAGGGCUUGACUCUGGCGCCCGACAAAGUCAAGGUACAACUCGAAGACGAUGUCACCACGAAACCAGAUCCGGAGGCCGCGCGCAUCAAGCGCGAAAAGGAGGCCAAGCAAAACGCUUUGCCAGAAUGGCUUACGAGGUCGACGGUUUCUGGCGACAUGACAACGGCAGGUGCAAAGGAGCUGAGAGAACAAAGAGAAAGGGAAGCUCACGCAGGAGGUUUGUCAGUCGACGACGCAGCAGACGACAAGAAAUUGGGAGGUACGCCAGGCAGAGACGACGCAGUCAUGGAUGAUUACUGGGCCGCGUACCGCGCAGAGCAAGAGAGAGCAAGAGUAGAAGAGGAAGAGGAAGAAGACGAAGACGAGGAAGACGAGUUUGAAGAUGGUCCGGAUGCCAAACGUGUCAAGACUGAGCAAGAGGCUGAGGACGCUAAGCCGUUGGCUAGUGUGGCUCCUGCUGUGGAUGCCAAUGCAGAGUCGGAUGAGGAUGACAUGGAGUUUGAGGAUGUCUAG